AUGCUUUUUGAUUUUGCUGGCUCGUUUAUCCUGGCGUUACUCAUCGAGAAGCUUUUCAGCCGUCCAGGACCUCAAUCACCUGCAGAUGAUCUGAUAACCAAAAAUCAGAAAUUGCGAGCCGAAGUUCUUGAAUUGAAGUUGGACAACCUGCAAUUCAAGUUGGACAACAUGGAACUGAAGGCAAAAUUGACUGAGAUCUCCAAGCAACAAAACUAG